AUGAUCGUAUGUGAUUGUAUGGCGAAAAGACCAGUGAUUCUCAAACGAUCUCUACGAAUCCCGGUUGGUCGGUCGGAAGAAUCAGCGGCGAGGAUAAAAUGGUCGGCCACUGAGAAACUGUGGGUGACCAGAGGAGAACGAUGGGUACCGACUGUGACGGAAGGCCCCGGUCGGAUCCGCUACCUGGUGAUCUCGAACAUUGGAGAAGAGAUCCUACGGCUGGUCCACCGUCUGGACAUUGGACAAAGUGCCCGAUCCCCAGGGUUCGUGUCGGUCGGAUCACGUCGCUAUCGGGAAUGGCAGAAUCUGGCAUUGGAAUCGACGGUGGAUACUAGAUCGGAGCCUCCAGAACCCAUAGAGGACAUGGCGGAGCCUGCAGUACAACGGACAUUGUAUCCCACACCACGAUCGAUACUUGGUUGGGCAGAAUCCGCUGAUAUGGACCGAGAUCGAACGUUGAUAUCGACCCUAGAAUCUCGACCGAGGGCGGGAAUUGCCGACGCAGUCCAGAUCGAGGCAGAAUUUCCCGAUCCAGAAGGGGGACGUCCAUCUACGCCAACGACUAGCCCCGAUGUCGAUCGAUACCUGAGUGACGAUGCUGAGGGCGGCGAGAUAAGUGAGAGCAUGCGGGACCAGGCUACCAAUCGGACUGGCACAAAGGAUAUCGAACCGAAAACGGAAAAUCCGAUUACCCAGAUCAAACUCGAUCCCGACGAAGCCUUCGAUGUCAAAUUCCCGAUCCACCCGCCCGAGGGCGUCGAACCACGGGAUCCGCUGGCGGAAGGAGCAACAGCGACCGCCCCACAGGAUGCCGAGGACGACGAGGAGAUAUAUUACCAUGAGAGUGGCGAUCUCUCAGCUGAAGAUCUGGAGGGAAACCUUGCUGUUCUCCCCGAAAUCCCGAUCUCGACGACCGCGAAGGUCAGCAUCGACGAUCUGCAUGUGGGAGAUUCCGGAUCGACCACACCCGAGGAGAUCGAGAAGCUCCGACCGAUCAUUUGGAAGAAGCAACACCUCCUGAUCGACAAAAGGAACGCCCUACCUCCGGUAGCUAGGGGCGUUGUAUGCGUAUUCGAUGUUGGGAAUGCGAGACCGAUCGCGCUGCGAACCCGGAAAGUACCCACGCGAUUUCGAGAAAAAGUCGCAGGCCUGAUCAAGGGCCUCCUGGCAGCCGAGAUCAUCCGACCCUCGACAUCGCCAUGGGCCUCACCGAUCGUGAUUGUCCGCAAGAGUAACGGCGUAGAUAUCAGGUUGUGCAUCGAUUACAAGCUGCCUCACGAGGUUGAUGGUCUACCCUAUGCCCUGGUCAGCGAUCUGCUAGAGGAUCUUGAUAAAGCACUAUGGUACUGUUCACUGGAUAUGGCCAGUGGCUUCUGGGUCGUGCCCAUGACAGAUCGGGCUCGCGAGAUCUCAGCAUUUAUCACCCCGUUUGGAUUAUUCGAAUGA